CCUCGUGACGUCACGGGCCGGUUUCCCAGGACUGCUGCGGGAGUCGGAGGCUGCGGGGCGGGCAGAGUGUGGCCCAGGCUGCCGGAGCGGACACCUCGUAUCACCCGGAGACAAACAGACCAGAAUCCCCAGCGUGCUGAUAGUGAUGGAGGACGGGAAGCCGGUGUGGGCGCCACACCCGGCGGACGGCUUCCAGCUGGGAACCAUCGUGGACAUCGGAGCUGACAGCCUCAGCAUCGAGCCCCUCAAGCAGAAGGGCAAGACCUUCCUGGCUCCUGUGAACCAGGUCUUUCCUGCUGAGGACGACGUCAACAAACACGUGGAGGACAAUUGUUCUUUGAUGUACUUGAAUGAAGCUACUCUGCUCAACAACGUCCGCGUGCGAUACAGCAAAGACAAGAUUUAUACGUUCGUAGCCAACAUCCUGAUAGCAGUGAACCCGUACUAUGACCUCCCAAAGCUUUACUCCCCAGAGACCAUCAGCAAGUACCGCGGCCGGUCUCUGGGGACGCUGCCGCCGCACGUCUACGCCAUCGCUGAUAAGGCCUACAGAGACAUGAAGGUCUUGAAGAUGAGUCAGUCCAUCAUCGUCUCGGGGGAGUCCGGAGCCGGAAAGACGGAGAACACCAAGUUCGUCCUCAGGUACUUGACGAGCUCUUAUGGAACCGGGCAGGACAUUGAUGAGCGCAUCGUGGAAGCCAACCCGCUGCUCGAGGCCUUCGGAAACGCCAAAACGGUCCGAAACAACAACAGCAGCCGCUUCGGGAAGUUUGUGGAAAUCCACUUCAAUGAGAAGAACGCCGUGGUGGGUGGCUUUGUGUCGCACUACCUGCUGGAGAAGUCCAGGAUCUGCAGGCAGAGCAAAGAGGAGAGGAACUACCACAUCUUCUACCGGCUGUGUGCCGGAGCCCCCGAACCCAUCCGGCAGAAGUUCCACCUCAGCUCCCCGGACACCUUCAGGUAUCUCAACAGAGGAUGCACUCGCUUCUUCGCCUCCAAAGAGACGGACCAACAGGUCCUGCAGAACCGCAAGAGCUCCGAGCACAUGAAGGCGGGGCCUCUGAAGGACCCGCUGCUGGACGACCACGGCGACUUCAACCGGAUGUCUGGCGCCAUGAAGAAGAUCGGCCUGGACGACACGGAGAAGUUGGACCUGUUCCGGGUAGUGGCCGGCGUGCUGCACCUCGGCAACGUGGACUUCGAGGAGGCCGGGAGCACCUCAGGUGGCUGCACCAUCAAGAACCAGUCGAGUCAGGCGCUGGAGCACUGCGCCGAGCUGCUGGGCCUGGAGGAGGAGGACCUGAGGGUCAGCCUCACCUCCAGGGUGAUGCUCACCACGGCAGGGGGCGCCAAAGGAACAGUCAUCAAAGUCCCUCUCAAAGUGGAGCAGGCCAACAACGCGCGGGACGCCCUGGCCAAGGCGGUGUACAGCCGCCUCUUCGACCACGUGGUGACCCGGGUCAACCAGUGCUUCCCCUUUGACUCCUCCGCCAACUUCAUCGGCGUGCUCGACAUCGCCGGCUUCGAGUACUUUGAGCACAACAGCUUUGAGCAGUUCUGCAUCAACUACUGCAACGAGAAGCUGCAGCAGUUCUUCAACGAGCGCAUCCUGAAGGAGGAGCAGGAGCUGUACCAGCGGGAGGGGCUGGGGGUCAACGAGGUUCACUACGUGGACAAUCAGGACUGCAUAGACCUGGUGGAGGCGAAGAUGGUCGGCGUGCUGGACAUCCUGGACGAAGAAAACCGACUUCCUCAACCCAGCGACCAGCACUUCACCGACACUGUGCACAACAAACACAAGAACCACUUCCGCCUCACCGUACCCAGGAAGUCCAAGCUGUCCGUCCACAGGAACGUGAGGGACGAUGAAGGGUUCAUCAUCAGACACUUUGCAGGCGCCGUGUGCUACGAGACGACCAAGUUUGUGGAGAAGAACAACGACGCCCUGCACAUGUCUCUGGAGUGUCUGGUCAGCGAGUCCAAGGACCGCUUCGUCAGAGAACUCUUUGAGAACUCCAACAACAGCAGAGACGGGAAGCAGACGGGGAAGCUCAGCUUCAUCAGCGUGGGCAACAGGUUUAGUAAUGACUGGGUGCCGCCCCCCCCCCCCCCACAGACCCAGCUGAACAUCCUGCUGGAGAAGCUGCGCAGCACGGGCUCCAGCUUCAUCCGCUGCAUCAAACCCAACCUGAAGAUGAUCAGCCACCAGUUUGAAGGCGCUCAGAUUCUCUCCCAGCUGCAGUGCUCCGGCAUGGUGUCGGUUCUGGACCUGAUGCAGGGCGGCUUCCCCUCCAGGGCUCCCUUCCAUGAGCUCUACAAUUGAUACAAGGAGUACAUGCCUCCGAAACUCACCCGCCUGGACCCCCGCCUCUUCGUCAAGGCUCUGUUCAAAGCUCUGGGUCUCAACGAGAACGACUACAAGUUCGGCCUCACCAGAGUGUUUUUCCGCCCCGGGAAGUUUGCAGAGUUUGACCAGAUCAUGAAGUCGGAUCCGGACCACCUGGCAGAGCUGGUGAAGAAGGUCAACAAGUGGCUCAUCCACAGCCGCUGGAAGAAGGUCCAGUGGUGCUCUCUGUCCGUCAUCAAACUGAAGAACAAGAUCCUCUAUCGAACCAGCGCCUGCGUCCAGAUGCAGAAGACGGUUCGCAUGUGGCUCUGCAGGAAGAAGCACAAGCCUCGGAUCGACGGGCUGGUGAAGGUGCGUCACCUGAAGACGAGGAUGGACCGGUUCACCGAGGUGGUGUCUGGGCUGAAGGAGGGGAAGCAGGAGAUGAGUCAGCAGAUCCACGACCUGGAGGCAGCGGUGGACUCGCUGAUGCUCAAAAUCAAGCACACCGUCAUGACCCGGAUAGACAUCGACCACGAGUACCGGGCCCUGGUGACCCGCUCGGAGCAGCUGCUGACCGCCAUGCAGAAAAAGCGGAAGGAGGAGGAGGAGCGCGAGCGGCUGCAACGCAUCGAGGAGGAGAUGGAGCGCGAGCGGAAGAGGAGGGAGGAGGAGGAGCAGCGCCGCAAGCAGGAUGACGACGACCGGCGACUGAAAGCCGAGAUGGAGCUGAAGAGGAAGCAGGAAGAGGAGGAGAGGAAGAGGAGGGAGGAGGAGGAGAGCAAGAUGCAGGUGGAGAUGGAGCUGCAGCUGCAGGCGGAGCGGGAGGAGGACGCCUCCCGCCAGACCGUCCUGGAGCAGGAGAGGAGGGACCGCGAGCUGGCGUUGAGGAUCGCUCAGAGCGAGUCGGAGCUCAUCCCCGAGGAGGUGCAGACCGACGCCGGCCUGCGCAGUAACGGCUCCUCACUUCCAUCGUCCCCAGAGAGAGCAGCCUCCGCCGGAACCACAAUGCUCAAGAGCCUCACCAUGGAAGAAAUGGCGAAGGAGAUGACGGAGCUCCUGUCGAGAGGUCCACAGGUCCAGGCCACCAAGGCAGCCGCCGAGGCCAAGAAGUACGAGCUGAGCAAGUGGAAGUACGCUGAGCUGCGAGACGCCAUCAACACCUCCUGCGACAUCGAGCUGCUGGCCGCCUGCAGAGAGGAGUUCCACCGCCGGCUGAAGGUGUACCACGCCUGGAAGUCAAAGAACAAGAAGAGGAACACGGAGACGGAGCAGCGAGCGCCCAAAUCCAUCACAGACUACGGUCAUGCUCCUCCUGUGAACAAAGCAUCCCAGCAGAACUCUGCUCCGCCCAUCCCGGCGCGGCAGCACGAGGUGGCGAUGAACCGGCAGCAGCGAUACUUCCGCAUCCCCUUCAUCCGCCCGGGGGACCAGUACAAAGACCCCCAGGGCAAGAAGAAGGGCUGGUGGUACGCCCACUUCGACGGGCCCUGGAUCGCCCGGCAGAUGGAGCUGCACCCUGAUAAGCACCCCAUCGUGCUGGUGGCAGGGAAGGACGACAUGGAGAUGUGCGAGCUGAGUCUGGAGGAGACCGGGCUCUCCAGGAAGAGAGGAGCCGAGAUCCUCCCCCGCCAGUUUGAGGAGAUCUGGGAUCGCUGCGGCGGCACUCAGUACCUCCGCGGCGCCAUCGAGAGCCGGCAGGCGCGCCCCACCUACGCCACCGCCAUGCUGCAGAGCGCCUUCAAGUAGGGGGGGGGGGUUCUCACUGCAAACAAAGGGACAAAUGCACCUGCUACCAGACACACGGGUCCUUUAGCUUCUCCUCUGGUGGGGGGGUCUCUUUCCGUGUGGGCACUUGGUUCCCGGGGGGGGGGCAGGUCGGGGGGUUUAAGCCUGAUGCAGAAAGAUCAGACUAAAUUAUUCCAUCUGGUUUGUUUCCCCACAUUUCUUUGAGUCUUUACUUUGAGUCUUUACUUUGAGGCCUUAAUGCUACUUUAACCGCCACAUUAGGACCCCCCCCGAACGAGAAGACCUAAUCUCUAAUUAUGCAUUCCUGAUUGUGACACUGGUCUCACCGGCGCGUGGCUAACAGCUAGCCGGGGAUCCGUCGCCGUGACGACUACACUGACCUGUUCUUUUAACCUUUUGUAACUGAUUGAUUCAUUGAUUCUUCUUCUUGUGUGAUUUAACGUUUGACGCUAAUGAGAGAAAAACAACUUUGAGCCCUUGUGUUCCUCUGUGAUCACUUCCUUUGGCUUGUUAAUAUAAAAGCAGAAAAAGAUGUGAAAUAAAUAUGCAAAACGCUCGCAGGCUGUGAGACGGGAUCAGAAAUAAAUAUCUUUACAAAUUUAAUCUUUUGAUCAGUUGAAUCAAGGAAUCUUUGUUUAAAUGUCAUGAACUGGAAGCUGAAUAUUUUGUGUCAACUGGAACGUGAGGGUUUAAUUUCUGGAAUAAAAGUGUUUCUACGCUCAUCCGCUGUGAUGUCACACCUCCUGAUGGCGGCCAUGUUUGUCCUCCUCUGGCUUCACCUCCAGGGGGUGAAAGGUCGAAUCUGAUCAGAGGACUUCCUGUCUGAGUCGUGAAGGGCCACCUUCUCGCCCCCCCCCCCCCCAUUCAGCCCCCUGUGCUGCUCACAUUACAAUCGUCCCUCCUGGGGGAGCGCUGCCUUUGUCACUUUUCUAACUGAUAAAUAAAAGCAUUCCACUCUC